CCUCUCUUUUAGUACUCUUAGUGCAAAAUGAGUGAAAAUGGUGGAUAACAAUAACAAUAAUAAUAGCCAAAAAAAUGAACCAUCAAGUCAUGUUUUACUACUCUAUUGUAGAGUAUGUAAGAGGGGAUUUAAUAGUGCUGGGGCACUAGGUGGCCACAUGAGAUCUCAUGGAGCAGUAGGGGAUAAUAGUAGUAGUAAUAGAAACUAUGGAGAAGAAAUUAGUGAACAAAAAUAUAUGAUGAAUAAUUUUAGAAGGGAAAAAUUGGAGGGUCAAAAACACUCGUAUAAUCUUCGUACUAAUUCUAAUCGAUUAAUGUUAGGGAAUAAUCGAUCAACAAGUGAUCAUGUAGAUGUUGAAAAAUCGGAGUAUUAUUAUUAUGGUCCUGAUGUUGAGGAUAAACAACAUUGUUCAAGAGAAGAAGAAGAAGAUCUCGCGAAUUGUUUAGUUAUGUUAUCGAACAAAUCUUAUGAUUUGUCCGAUAAUAAUAACAAGGAGGCUAAAAACAAGGCCAAAGAAGUGGAAAAGGGAAUGUUUCAAUGUAAAGGAUGUAAGAAAAUUUUUAAUUCUCACCAAGCUUUAGGGGGACAUAGAGCGAGUCACAAGAAAGUUAAAGGGUGUUAUGCUGCAAAACUCGAUGACAACAUUAAAGAUGACGACGACAACAACAACAACAACAACAAUAACAACGAUGAUGAUAAUGACAUUGAUGAAGACUCGAUGAUCUCUCCUAGUGAUUUAAUUUUGCAUCAAGAAGGAUCUAACGAUUUUCAAUCUCAAUCUCCAACAUCAUCAACCUCAUUUUCAAGAAAGAGAUCGAGGGUUCACCAAUGCUCAAUUUGCCAUCGAGUCUUUUCAUCUGGACAAGCCUUGGGUGGACACAAAAGGUGUCACUGGCUAACAUCGAGUUUACCAGAGACUACCUUUAUACCCACUUUUCAAGAAAUCCAAUAUCACAACCAAGAACAAGUACUAUACAAUAAACCUUUAUUUAUCAACUCUCAUCAACCACUAGAUCUAAAUUUUCCAGAACAACUGGGCAAUCCAACUGAAGUUGGUUUGAAACUACACAAUAAUCCAUUUGAACACGAAGGCCCAAGAAGCCAACUCCAGCUAUGGACAGAAGAUACUAAUCAAAAUCACAAGUGCAAAGAUUCUUCGGGAAGGGAGGAAAAUAGAAAGGUGAAAGAAGCAAAAUUGAGUAACCUUAAAGAUGUGAAUUUGGAUAAAGGCUCUUCUUCUUGGUUACAAGUAGGAAUUGGUCCAACUCCUGAUAUUUUAGCAACCCUAUAAGGGUAAUAUUGAAGUGAUAGUCAAAUAUUAUACCUUUCUUCCCAA